GUGCCGGCCGGUGCCCGUCCUCCUCUCCGCCGCCCCGCUGCUCCCACCUCCGGGUGUUUGUCCGACUCGUCAUUACAUAACUCGGCGUCUUUGUCGCUCGCGCUGACUUCAUUUGGCCACAGCCAGGAGUGGGACAGCCGCCUCUUGUCCACCGCCCCGGCAGCAGGAGCAGCGAGCGGCAGCAGCGGCCAGCGGCGACGCGGCUGGAUUUCAAGCCGCUGCUGUCGUGGACUGAAGGACUCAGCAGGACACGUAAAGGGUGGAAACCUGAGUCCAGCGGUGAUGAGAGCUCCUUUCGAGUGGAUCUCGCUGGUGUGCUGCCAGCAGCAUCUGGAAAGGAUAACACAGGGAUACACUCCCCCUCCAGAGGACCAGAGGAUAAUUCACAUCUCAGACAUUUCAGUGUUUCAGCUCUGAAGUCUUUUAGCUUGUGUUUUAAUGUGAAACAACAGCCCUGCCUGCUGUGGGUUCAGAACAAGAUUUCCUCUUUGCACCAGCCGUUUGGACAUGUUGGAUAACUGGUGCAUUCAGUAAGUGAUUAACGGACAGGCAUCCUCAUCCAGGAACCAGUACAGAUUUCUCCAAGGUUACCUCGUAGCUAUGCAGUGAGGAUGUGUGCAGCCAGGUUUAGUGGCUGCCUCAACGGCUGUGCCGAGGAGGCCGGUGCUGGUGCCGCGGGGGCUGCCGGUCCGGUCGUGGCCUCCAGGAUGCUGGACUGGACAGAGGCCGGUCCCCGCAUCCUCCACAGCCUGGAGAUGGGGACGGUGAUGACCGUCUUCUACCAGAAGAAGUCCCAGCGGCCCGAGAGGAGGACCUUCCAGAUAAAACAGGACAUGCGGCAGAUAGUGUGGAGCCGAAACCCUGACAAAAUAGAAGGAGAGCUCGACAUACGAGAGAUCCGGGAGCUGCGGUUGGGGAAGGGCUCCCGUGAUUUUGAGCGCUACCCGGAGGAGGCCCGGAAACUGGAUGCCGCCCACUGCUUCAUCGUACUCUAUGGGCUGGAGUUUCGCCUCAGGACGCUCAGCGUGGCCGCCUUCAGCGAGGAGGAGGUCAACAUGUGGCUCACUGGUCUCAACUGGCUGAUGACUGACACUCAGAGAGCGCCCGCACCGCAGCAGACAGACAGGUGGCUGAGGAAACAGUUUGAAGUCAUGGACAGGAGCCACGAGGGCAGCAUCACCGUGAAGGAUGUGAAAGCCCUGCUGCCUCAGGUCAACUACAGAGUCCCCAACAUGCGCUUCCUCAAAGACAAGCUACAGGAGGUGGAGGCCAAGAGCGAUCUAUCGUACCCCAACUUCGCACAGCUCUACAGGACACUGAUGUUUGACGCCCAGAAGAGUAUUAUUGAGCAGCUGGAGCUCUCCUUCCCUCUGCGGAAUGUUGACAGACCCGAGCUUUGUCAGAUCUCCCUCUACGACUUCCAGAAGUUUUUGCAGAUGGACCAGAAGGACUCCUGGGCGUCCGAUCUGACUCGCGUCAGGGACUUCCUCAUGGGGUACAUGAGGGGUGGGCCGCAGCCUGAGCCAAUGCUGCAGCUUGACGAGUUCCUGACUUUCCUGUUCUCUAAAGAGAAUUCUGUGUGCGACCCUCGACUUUCGACUGUUGUUCCUGAUGACAUGAAAAGGCCGCUGUCUCAGUAUUGGAUCUCCUCUUCACACAACACGUACUUGACAGGUGACCAGUUUUCCAGUGAAUCAUCUCUAGAAGCCUACGCCCGUUGCCUGAGGAUGGGCUGCCGCUGCAUUGAACUGGACUGCUGGGAUGGACCUGACGACCUGCCAAUCAUCUACCACGGACACACCCUAACCUCCAAGAUCAAAUUCCUGGAUGUGCUGCACACCAUCAAAGAACACGCCUUCGUCACAUCUGAGUAUCCUGUGAUCUUGUCCAUCGAGGACCACUGCAGCGUGGUCCAACAGAGGAACAUGGCCACACACUUUAAGAAGGUGUUUGGAGAUCUGCUGCUCACCAAGCCAGUCGACAGCAACGCGGAGGAGCUUCCCUCACCCCACCAGCUCCGCCGGAAGAUCCUCAUCAAGCACAAGAAACUGGUGGAAGGCACGCUUUAUGAGGAGGUGUCAUCAGCCAGCUACUCUGAAAACGACAUCAGCAACUCUCUGAAGAACGGCAUCCUUUACCUCGAGGACCCCAUCGACCACACGUGGACUCCACACUAUUUUGUCCUGACCAGUAAUAAGAUAUACUACUCAGAGGAGACGUCUCACUACCAAACAGCUGAUGAAGAGGAGGAUGAUGAAGGAAAAGAGGAGUGUAACAACAACGAGCAACACUGCGCCGAGCGCUGGUUCCACGGGAAGCUGGGUGGAGGUCGCGAUGGUCGACAGGUGGCUGAGAAGCUCCUGCAGGAGUACUGCGAGGGCGGGGCCAAAGACGGCACCUUCCUGGUGCGGGAGAGUGAGACGUUUGUCGGAGACUACACCCUCUCGUUCUGGCGCUCAGGUCGAGUCCAGCACUGCAGGAUCCAUUCACGUCAGGAGUCUGGCUCCACCCGCUUCUACCUGACUGACAACCUGGUGUUUGACAGCCUGUACCGCCUCAUCUGCCACUACAGAGACACACCUCUGCGCUGCAAUGAGUUCGAAAUGAGGCUGGGCAGCCCCGUGCCUCAGCCCAAUGCACACGAGAGCAGAGAGUGGUACCACUCCAGUCUAUCCCGAGUCCAGGCCGAACACAUGCUGAUGCGUGUUCCCAGAGACGGAGCUUUCUUGGUGCGGAAACGCAGCGAACACAACUCCUACGCCAUCUCCUUUAGGGCGGAGGGGAAGAUCAAACACUGUCGCAUCCAGCAGGAAGGCCGUCUCUUCAUGCUGGGCAGUUCAGCAGAGUUCGAGAGCCUCGUCGACCUUGUCAGCUACUACGAGAGACAUCCACUGUACCGCAAGAUGAGGCUCCGCUACCCCAUCAACGAGGACACUCUGGACCGGAUGGGCACCACGGAGCUUGACUAUGGGGCGCUGUAUGAGGUCCGCACUCCUCACUUCUAUGUGGAGGCCAAUAAGAUGCCCACUGCACGGUGUACAGUCAAAGCUCUGUACGACUAUCGGGCUCAGAGGGAGGACGAGCUCUGCUUCCCCAAACAGGCGCUCAUCCUCAAUGUGGAUAAGCAGGAGGGCGGCUGGUGGCGUGGUGACUACGGAGGAAAGAAACAGCUGUGGUUUCCUGCAAACUACGUGGAGGAGGUUCCCAGCUCUCCCACCAGAGAGCUGGAUGAAGCAUCCACAGAGAACAGUCCUCUGGGAACAUUCCUCAAGGGCUUCAUUGAUGUCUCCACCUGUCAUGUAGUGGUGCACAAGGAUGGGAAGAAUUCACGGCCUUACGUGUGCACAAUCCACUCCCAGCACCUGUCAUCUCACCCGGUACAGACUCUGGAUGUGGCAGCCGACAGCAUGGAGGACCUAACCAGCUGGGUCACCAAGAUCAGAGAGGCCACACAGAACGCCGACGCACGGAUGCAGGAGGAGAAGCAAAUGGAGAGGAGGAAGAAGAUUGCAGUGGAGCUGUCUGAUCUCGUGGUCUACUGCAGACCUGUCCCCUUCAAUGAGGACAAGAUCGGGACAGAGAGGGCAUGCUACCGGGACAUGUCCUCCUUCCCAGAGACAAAGGCAGAGAAGUUUGCGACACGCGGCAGAGGGAAACGCUUCCUGCAGUACAACCGGCGUCAGCUUUCCAGAGUGUAUCCCCGAGGACAGAGGCUGGACUCAUCCAACUACGACCCGCUGCCCAUGUGGCUCUGUGGCUCCCAGCUAGUCGCGCUCAAUUUCCAGACCCCAGAUAAACCCAUGCAGCUGAACCAGGCCUUGUUCAUGCUCGGCGGUGGCAGCGGCUUUGUUCCCCAGCCUGAUAUCAUGAGGGACGACGCCUUUGACCCUUUUGACAAGGACACUUUACGUGUGGAGCCAAUCACCAUCCAGUUACAGGUGCUGGGAGCUCGCCAUUUGCCUAAAAAUGGCCGGAGCAUCGUCUGUCCCUUUGUGGAGGUGGAGAUCUGUGGAGCUGAUUACGACAGCUGCAAGUGCAAGACAGACGUAGUAGCUGAUAACGGUCUGAAUCCUGUGUGGGUGCAGAAGCAGUUUGUGUUUGACAUCCACAACCCCACCUUCUCCUUUCUGCGCUUCACUGUCUACGAGGAGGACAUGUUCAGUGAUCCUAACUUCCUGGCCCAGGCGACCUACCCUGUCCGUCUGCUGCGAACAGGCUACAGGAGCGUCCCUCUGAAAAACAGCUACAGUGAAGAGCUGGAGUUGGCUUCUCUUCUGGUCCAUAUAGAAAUUGUCAAUGCCAAGGAGGAAGACGAUGAGAACCUGUACAUGUCCAUCCAGCGGCUGCGGGAUCGAACCAGCGAGCUGUCGAACCAGGUUUCCCUCCUGGAGAGGUCGGGCUCAGGAGACCUCAGCUACCAGCAGAGUCUGGAGGAGCUCAGAGCGGCUCAGGAUCAGCUGAGUGAGCUGGUGGAGGCUCGAAACCGCAGGCUGAUGGAGAAGAAGAGGAGGGAGAAGCUGAGGCAGCAGGUGACAGCAAAGCGCAGCUAAUCCUCCCGUCCACCAGAGAGCGCUAAAGACACAAACGGUGCCUCACACUCUCUGCCACCAGUGCUGUGCAGUGACCGCCGGAGAGGACAGCGGGCUCUCUGCUGCAGCGGCAUGCUAUCCACUUCUAACUGGAAACGAAAACAUGUUCCUUCACAAUAAAAUGUGAGAUUUCAUUGCACACUGUUGUACUAACAACAGAGGAAAAAGUGACAGAAACAGAAGCAUCUCGUGGACGAAUAAAAACACCUCAUGUUACUAAGCUAUACAAACAAUCAUGGAGUGAAGGCUGAAACACAUUAAGAGCAAAUUAGAGAUGGUUUCCUCUCAUGUUUCCAUAGAAACAGACAGGAGAGGUGGAGGGUCGAGGCAAAGAUUUCUGAUCCUGGUCAGAGCUGAAACAAUUACUUUAACUGAUCAGUCAAUGGACAGAAAAUUCAUCUGCAACAAAUUUGAGAAUGAAUCGUUCAAGGCAUUUUACAAGCAAAAAUAUCAGCUGCUGCUUUUAUUUGUAUUAUAUGAUUCAUAGGUUGAUUAUUUUUGGGUUUGGACUAGCUAUUUGAAGAUGCCAGCUUUAGCAAGUAACAGACAUUUUUCACUAUUUUCUGACAUUUACUGAACAGAAUCAUUAGUCAGUUAAUCGAGAGAAUAAUUACUAGUUGCAGCUCUAAUCACAAUGAGUAGUUCUGGAAGAGUUUCAGAUACUUAAUGUUGCAAAUGUAGACAUUUUUAGCACAUUCUGUCAUUUGUUUUUACAACAAAGCUCAAUGCUGUCCAAUAGAUAAAGACUACAAGACAAAAAAACUGUUUGACCUGGCUGCAUCUAGACAGUGAAACUUUUUAGUGUAGAUGUUUGCAUAACGUGCCACAAAACUGAUCUGAUAACGAGAGAUGCCUUUGGAAAUAAGGUCUGAAGCUCCUCAAGUUGACUCUUACUGUGUUUUGGUCUUUAGUAGGAAAAAGAGGAUAUAAGGGAGAAGAAAACUCAGGUUACACAGAUGGAUGGAAACUAAAAAACUCAGCUAUCAGGAUGGAGAAAGGGAGCAGUGGGCACACGUAGCAAAAAGUUAAUCUCAUGUAUGUGCCUUUGAUGUUGUGCUUUGUGGAGUAUAACUACUCUAGUGCUGAACAGAGGAAAAGAAAACUGACUGCUUUCUCUACAACUGGAACAGUGACCCUUUAAGGGAAAACUACUAUCAACCUGGAGGAGGACUUCACUCGCUAGGCUCAGACCACUACUCAUGAAAUGGGUAAAAGGGAAUCAAGACCAAGUCUUUUUUGGAUGAUCACAUGAACUCUGUCCCCAGGUGGCAGGGGCUGUCACAGUCGUUCCUGUUGUGCCUGGGAGAGCACAAACCGGACAAGCAAAUCCUCACCAAACCACAGCCAGAAGGUCUUUUAAUACUUCUUCAAAGGGCUCUAAAUAUAUCGAUACUACCUUCUAAGAGGCAGGAGAAGAGGAGGGGGAGGAGGAAAGCGAAGACGACAUUCCUCACAGUGCCCCUGCAUAGGGGCUCAGGUGUGUUUGUUGCAGUCGGACGCACACGCACGACAACCAAGGGCUAUCACAGAAAACUAGCAAAGCACUCUUUUACCUGCCGGUUCAGAUUUCUCUCACCUCACAUCUGAACCUCAGGACCAGGAUCAGGUCCCAUCAUCUGGCUCUAAUCAACAGAUGUGGCUCAACUGGUUCGACUGCAUGGCUCCAUAUUUAAUAACCCCCCCACCACACACACACACCUUCUGUAGCUGCUUCACCUCCCCAUCAUCCUCCUGUUUAAUUUCUCAGUGUAUAUAACUUCUUUUAUUUAUCAAACAGGUGUAGAUCCUGUUUUUGUAGAUGAAAGAACACACUAGAAGACUGAUCAUGGACUUCAGAUUGAAGAUGCUAUAACUUUAUGUAGAAAUGAAUAUUGUGUACCUGGAGCUCCCUUUAAUUGUCCCUGUAGACACAAACUUCUCUUUGUCCCUCUGCUACGGUUGCACUGGGUAGGGACUUCUAUGCAAAGCUUGUCUUCUUGGCCUAUAGACAUUGUGUAUUAGGCGAUUUGAACCACGUUGUGUUUUCUCUCCAUAUCUAUGCUAAUUGUCCAGUAUUAUUACUCUGCAUUACAAAUCCUGUGCAAGUUUCCAUUUAAUAAA